ACGAGUUCACACAGCACGAGCACGUUCGCCUCGAGCGGAGCCAUGGAGAGCGCCGCCACGCCACCGCGAGGUGUCGCCGCACCUCGCACGCCGCCCAGCCUCCAGACGCUCCGGUGCAGCCACCGCCACCUCCUCAUCCGCACCAAGGGCGCGGCCAACCUACGGCGCCUCUCCUGCUGCAGGGCUACCGAUGGACGCCGCGUCGACCGCCGCGACGUGCUCCUCGGCCUCGGCGGGGCCGCGGCGGCUGCCGGCCUAGCGACGUCGCACGGCGGCGGCGCGCUCGCGGCGCCGGUCCAGGCGCCGGACCUCCAGAGCUGCCACCCGCCCGAGGACCUCCCCGACACGGUGCCCGACGUCAGCUGCUGCCUCACGUACCGCCCGGGCGCGGCGGUCGUCGACUUCGAGCCGCCGCCGGCAGGCUCGCCGCUCCGCGUGCGCCCGGCCGCGCACCUGGUGGGCGAGGAGUACCUGACCAAGUACGAGCGGGCCGUAGCGCUGAUGAAGGAGCUGCCCGACGACGACCCGCGCAGCUUCGCGCAGCAGUGGCGCGUGCACUGCGCCUACUGCAACGUCGCGUACGACCAGGUCGGGUUCCCGGACCUGGGUCUCCAGAUACACAGCUGCUGGCUCUUCUACCCGUGGCACAGGUUCUACCUCUACUUCCACGAGAGGAUUCUCGGCAAGCUCAUCGGCGACGACACGUUCGCGCUGCCGUUCUGGAACUGGGACGCGCCCGGCGGCAUGACGCUGCCGGCGAUCUACGCCGACGAGUCCUCGCCGCUGUACGACGAACGUCGCAACCCUGCUCACCAGCCACAGUUCACGCUGGACCUCGACUACAAUGGGACCGACGACUCGACCAUCACAAGAGAUCAGCAGGUCGAUCAGAACCUCAGGAUCAUGUACCGUCAGAUGAUCUCCGGUGCCAAGAAGAAGGAACUCUUCUUCGGGCAGCCGUAUCGCAAGGGCAACCAGCCUGACCCGGGCGCGGGCACCAUCGAGAACACGCCGCACAACACGAUACACUUCUGGAGCGGCGACACGAGGCAGCCGAACGGCGAGGACAUGGGCAACUUCUACUCGGCGGCCCGCGACCCGGUGUUCUUCGCGCACCACGCCAACAUCGACCGCAUGUGGCACGUCUGGAGCGGCCUCAGGCCCGGCAACACCGGCUUCACCGACCCCGACUGGCUGGACGCCAGCUUCCUCUUCUACGACGAGGAGGCCCGCCCCGUCCGCGUCCGCGUCCGCGACUGCCUCGACGCCGCCGCGCUGCGCUACACCUACCAGGACGUCGGCCUCCCGUGGCUGAACGCGAGGCCGUCCGCGGAGGCCGGGUCCCCGGAGCCCGCCGCAGACACGCUCCCAGCGACCCUGAGCCGGACCCUGAGGGUGGCCGUGGCGCGGCCCGGGUCGAGGAGCCGCGGGGAGAAGGAGGACGAGGAGGAGGUGCUGGUCGUCGAGGGGAUCGAGGUCGCCGACUGCUCCAAGUUCGUCAAGUUCGACGUGUUCGUGAACCAAUCCCAGAGCGCGGCGGCCACCACGGCGGCGGCGGAGUGCGCCGGGAGCGUGGCGCUGACGCCGCACUUGAGCCGAUCGGGGAAGGACAAGGGCGCCAUAAAGACCGCGGCGAGGUUCGGCAUCUGCGACCUGCUGGACGACAUCGGCGCCGACGGGGACCAGACGAUUGUCGUGUCGCUCGUGCCGAGGUGCGCGGGGGGCACGGUCACCGUCGGCGGUAUCAGGAUCGAGUACGUGAAGUGAGGUCCCCCGAUGGCUCGAUGAGUACCUCCUACGAGUGUCUAUGUGCUAGCGGCAUCGUCGCAUCGAUCUGCUGCCCUAUGGACUAUGGCUAUAAGAAAUAAGGGUGAUGAGAUGACGAGUAUAUCCGUCGACAUAGUAUCCUUUGAGCCGCGUACAUAACUGUUAAUAUCCUUAACUAACACCGCAUCUCCCUUCAAAACCAAAAUUCUGCAUUUACAUCUCCACAUAAUCUCUGCCCCAACCACGUGUCUGUUUUCAUACCAUUAAGUUGUUGUUGCCAUCUCCGUUGCCAUCCUCUAUAUGUUCAUAUCACCCUGCCCUACGAAUCCCUCCUCUCCACUGGCGGAGCCUCUUUAGGCCCGUAGCGGGCUCCAGCUCUCCUCGUUUCUGGAUAAAUUUUUAAAGGAUCUACGGACCAGCAAUUUGUAAUUUGUAUUUGACACAUACAUCUGCAACAGAUCAUGCAUAAGGAAUGGAAGCAUAUAUUUAUUA